AUGGAGUCGGUGGAUCUCUUGGACUGUUUUAACCUUUUGGAGAAUUUUCGAGAUGAGAAAUAUGAUGGUUCUUGGAGUAGAUGGAAGACCUCAGACUAUUUGGAAUGUGCUCUUAUGACAGCUUCAGAAUGCAAUGAUGUUAUAACGAGCGAAGGUGGAGGGGCUGGCCUGAGCGAGUACUGUCCGGUGCUCCGACACAGCCAGAACACUUUGCACACUGUCCCAGGAGGUGGGCCGAGAGUCAUGGUCCAGGAAAGUGUUCAGGGUUGGGCUUGUCUUCUGCUCCCUCAUUCCUUCGAUUACAAGUGGCUUCUGGGAAACGGCAAAGUGAAGGAAGUGAUCCUGGGGCUGAGGGGUGUGGCCCUGCCCCAGGAACCCCCCGGAUUCGAUUCCUUGACGCAGAAACUGAGGCAUGGAAAGAUUAAACAGUUUGUGGUCACACAAACAUCACCUUAUGUGGAUCGGCAGAACCGAAUCUGUGGGUUUCUGGACAUCGAGGAGAAUGAGAACAGCGGCAAGUUUCUGCGGAGGUACUUUAUUCUGGACACGCAGGCCAACUGCCUUCUCUGGUACAUGGACAACCCCCAGAACCUGGCAGUUGGGGCAGGAGCCGUCGGAUCUUUGCAGCUGACCUACAUCUCGAAGGUGAGCAUAGCCACCCCAAAGCAGAAACCCAAGACUCCGUUUUGCUUUGUCAUCAACGCCCUCUCGCAGAGGUAUUUUCUUCAAGCCAAUGACCAGAAAGAUCUGAAGGACUGGGUCGAAGCCCUGAACCAAGCCAGCAAAAUCACUGUACCCAAAGUUGGGAACCUGCCCCUGACGACCGAAGUUGUCAAGAGCCUAGCCACUCCUCUGGCCCUAGAGAAGAAGCCACAGGUAGCCUACAAGACAGAGAUCAUUGGAGGCGUGGUGGUACACACGCCCAUCAACCAGAACGGUGGGGACGGGCAGGAAGGGAGUGAGCCCGGCUCCCACGCCAUCCUUCGAAGGUCUCAGAGUUACAUCCCCACGACAGGCUGCCGUGUCCCCACCGGGCCCCCCCUCAUUAAGAGCGGCUAUUGUGUGAAGCAAGGGAAUGUGCGCAAGAGCUGGAAACGGCGCUUCUUUGCGCUGGACGACUUUACCAUCUGCUACUUCAAGUGUGAGCAGGACCGAGAACCACUGCGUACCAUAUUCCUCAAGGAUGUUCUCAAGACCCACGAGUGUUUGGUCAAGUCUGGCGAUCUGCUGAUGAGGGACAACCUGUUUGAAAUAAUAACCAGCUCCAGGACCUUCUACGUGCAGGCAGACAGUCCAGAAGACAUGCACAGCUGGAUUAAGGAGAUCGGGGCAGCUGUCCAGGCCCUCAAGUGCCACCCCAGAGAAAUGUCCUUUUCUCGAUCCAUUUCUUUGACCCGCUCUGGAAGCUCCAGCCUCUCAGGGGGGCCCAACUCUGUCUUGUGCAGAGGGCGGCCGCCUCUGGAGGAGAGAAGGGCCCUCUGCAAAGCCCCCUCCGUGGCUUCCUCCUGGCAGCCCUGGACACCUGUCCCCCAGGCUGGGGAAAAGCUGCUGCCCACUGAAGAGACUCCUGAGGACUCUUUUUUCAUGCCUCGACUUGGGGAGAGCAGUACUUCUGGGGUGCUGCCCAGCUCCCGGAUAAGGCACAGAUCGGAGCCCCAGCACCCCAAGGAGAAGCCAUUUGUGUUCAACCUCGAUGAUGAAAACAUACGGACCUCUGAUGUGUGA